GCCAGACAUCUACGAGGAUGGGGAGGUUACGUCUGGCGCUCCUGCUCCUGGCGCUGGCCACUGAGAUGCAGGUGGCAAUGAGUAGUAACUCCAGCUGUCCGAGCAGCUGGCUACAGUACGAGACCAUCUGCGUGUUAGUCAGCUCGGAGAAGAUGGUGUGGUGGAAAGCCUGGGAAAGAUGCGUCCAGCUCAACAGCCAUUUGGCGUAUAUUGAAACGGAGAUGGAAAGCAACAUUCUAACAGGAAUAUUAGUGUCCCUUACUGUGGAGUCGGUGUGGAUCGGACUCAAUGAUCUUGAAGUGGCGGGGAGCUACGUUUGGGCAGACCGGGAACCUGUUACCUUCACCAACUACGCCACCGGUGAGCCGAACAGGAACGCAUCAGGGCGCCACGAGCACUGCGUAGCCGCCAGACGCGACAAUGACUACCAGUGGAGCGACGAGUAUUGCUUCGACGAGCGAGAAUUCGUCUGCCGCACAGAUCUGAACUAACACGAGACAACGUACCAGAAUUUAUCGGGACUUGAGUGUCCAUUGACGAAACCCGUGCAUCUUUUCGUUAAUCAUGGCGGCUUCGUUUGCAUUUAUCGAAAGGUUAACGAGCUUGGAAACGCUGCGAGGCGGUCUCGACCCCUAUGAAUAAUAUUGAUAUAGAUAAACCAUCGUAUAGCAGUUCCGAACUAGUUCGUAAGGGGUUCCGAACUCAUAAGGGGGUUUAAUAAAGAUAAACCAAGUCGCCGUGAUUAAGGAGAGAUGCACAGGUUUCGUCAGAGGACACGUCAUUCAAUCUUGGAUGAAUCCUGCUGGCUCUGACUUGGAACUCGACGCCAUCAUCCGAACACUGCACAUGAGUACUCUUGACUGCUCAUGCAACGCGACCCCAAGCACUCCUAAAAGCCCUAGUUGCACAUGCAACAUGCACAAUCUUUGACACUGUGGCUGCACAUGCAUUGGCACAAUCACCACAUUGUGGAGGUUAUGAACUAUCACGAUAUAUAUGGGAGUGGAUGUGAACAAAUACGCUAUGCACAUCACAUAAUGUGAGCCCCACACACCAUGCACAUCACAUGAUGUGAACCCCCACACCAUGCACAUCACAUGAUGUGAGCCCCCACACCAUGCACAUCACAUGAUGUGAACCCCCACACCAUGCACAUCACAUGAUGUGAAACCCCACACCAUGCACAUCACAUGAUGUGAACCCCACACCAUGCACAUCACAUGA